CACAAGGGGGGAGCGGUCUGGCUGGUCGGUGGCAUCUCCCCCAGAGACCCGGAGCUAGAGAUGCUAUUAGGCGGUCCUUCUAUCAAGUGUGAGAAGUUGGCCCGGAGAUGCAAAACUUCGUUCUAUACGAGGAGAUCGGCAGAGGAAGCAGGACCAUUGUCUAUAAAGGGCGACGGAAGGGAACAAUCAAUUUUGUAGCUGUUUUUUGCACAGAUAAGUGCAAAAGGCCUGAAAUAACGAACUGGGUCCGUCUCACCCAAGAAAUUAAACACCAGAAUAUCGUAACCCUGCACGAAUGGUAUGAAACCAGCAAUCAUCUCUGGCUGGUAGUGGAACUCUGCACAGGUGGUUCCUUAGAAAUGGUCAUUGCUCAAGAUGAAAACCUCCCGGAAGAUGUUGUGAGAAGCUUUGGGAUUGACCUGAUUACUGGAUUGCAUCAUCUUCAUCAACUUGGCAUUCUCUUUUGUGACCUUUCUCCUGGGAAGAUUCUCUUGGAAGGGCCCGGCACGUUGAAGUUUAGUAAUUUCUGCCUGGCCAAAGUGGAAGGUGAAAAUUUGGAAGAUUUCUUUGCUUUGAUGGCAACAGAAGAAGGAGGAGGUGAUAGUGGGGAACAUGUGCUGAAGAAAAAUAUGAAAAGUAGAACCCGAGGAUCGCUUGCUUACACAGCACCCGAAAUUGUGAAGGGCACCGACUUCUCCGUCGCCAGCGACCUCUGGUCUUUGGGCUGUCUGCUGUAUGAGAUGUUCUCAGGAAAACCUCCAUUCUUCUCAGAAAGUGUUUCAGAAGUAAUUGAAAAGAUUGUUCAUAAAGAUCCUUCGCCACCUAUUCCAAAAGAUCCUUCUCUUCCUAAAGCGUCUCCAGAUUUUAUGAAUUUGCUGGAUGGUUUGCUUCAAAAGGAUCCUCAGAAAAGAUUAACUUGGGCAGGCCUGCUGCGGCAUCCGUUUUGGAAGGAUGCUUUUACCAGAAGAGAUCAGGACUCGAACACCGAGGACUCCAGCAUCAGCAGAAACAUGAUGGAAUGUUCCGGGUCACAAGAUGCCAAGGAGCGUGUGAGGAGCCCCCCGAGCGGACAGGCCAGAGGGGAGAGGAGUGGUCAGCGGCCGAGUCGCUCUUGGAGACUAGAAGAUCCAGCUGAGUUGCGGCCUAAGAAUACUCUUGGGGGUCAACUGAAUGAGUCCAUGUUCCUUCUCAGUUCUCGUCCUACGCCGCGAACCAGCACUGCCGUGGGGUCAGGUCCUGGUGAGGAUGUGGCCCAGAGUUCACCGCAGAAGGCGCCUCCUUCGACCAAGACCACAGGUGGGCACCUGAGCCAGCAGGACAUGGAAUCCCAGAUGAGGGAGCUCAUCUACACAGACGCAGAACUCGUCGUCACGCCGAUUAUUGACAAUCCCAAGAUCAUGAAACAACCACCAAUUAAAUUUGAUCCAAAAGUAUUGCAUCUACCAGCAUAUUCAGUGGACAGGUUAGUGUCCCUGAAAGACCAGGACUGGAACGACUUUCUGCAACAAGUGUGCUCACAGGUCGACUGCGCCGAGAAGACCAUGGGCGCCUCCCGGGCCAAGCUGAACCUCCUGUGCUUCCUGUGCGUGGUGGCCGGUCAGAGGGAGGUGGCCACCAGGCUCCUGCACUCCCCCCUG